AUGCAGCGCGCUACGAGCGCCCUGUUAGCGCUUUCGCUCUUCGCGCCGUCCGCGCUGGCGGGUAUCUGGCCUCUGCCACGUUCCCUGUCGAACGGCACGUCUUUCCUGCAACUCGCGUGCGACUUCGCCAUUGAGGUUGCGGUGGACGGCGCGCCGGACGACCUGUAUGCGGCAGUGGACCGCACGACGCAGGCGAUCCAGGACACGCUCAUCGAGCGCCUGACCGUAGGGCGCGGAUCGCAGGACCAGGAUGCCAUAAACGCGGCCCCCGUGCUCUCGUCGGUGUCCCUCGUGCUCGAGGAUGGUGCGGUGGUGCGCUCCAUCUCUGAGGAGGCCGUGCAGCCGCUGGGCAACCGCUCGGAGGGUUACAGUCUCUAUGUACCCGAAGAUGGGUCGGAAGCUGUCAUCUCGGCGAACAGCACUCUCGGUCUCCUUCGCGGCCUCACGUCCUUCGAGCAGCUCUGGUACGUCCUCGACGACGUGACGUACACGAAUCUCGCGCCCGUGACCAUCGAGAACGAUGCUCCUGCCUACCCGUACCGUGGGUUCAUGCUGGACACGGCGCGGAACUAG